AUGUCGUCGCAAAAUAGUUUUCUCUAUUUGGCAAAAAAAUUCAGGUCGAGUCUUCCUUUUCCAAAUGAGAAAGCCAAGUACCACAAAGAACUUGAAGCGGCGGCGGAGGUGGUCGUGAGAGCUUGUCGUCUUUGCGUUGACGUGCAAAGGUCUCUGUUCUCUGAUGAAGGACGAAUUAUCGAAAAGAAUGACCAAACUCCGGUCACAGUGGCUGAUUUUGGAGUCAGGCUCUUGUUUUGUGUUUCUUCUAUACUUUCGGUGAUAGAGUUGAGUAAAUUGUUCCCUUCAAUUCCAUUGGUGGCGGAAGAGGACUCUGGUUUUUUAUGUUCGAACAAUCUGGUUGAUCCUGUAGUAAAUGCAAUAUCUGAUAAAACGAGCUUUGAUGAGGAAUCACUGUCACAUGCUGAUGUGCUGGAAGCAAUUGACCGAGGGGGCGAGAAUGAUUUUGGUUUUGGAACAAAACCAGCCACUUAUUGGAUACUGGAUCCAAUUGAUGGCACACGAGGGUUUGUAAAAGGAAGUCAGGCCUUGUAUGUGGUAUGGCUUGCGUCCUGCUUCACUACACUUAAUCUUUUCAUUUGAAUUUUUGUCUUAGUGCCAUGAAACAUCUUGUAUAUUUAGUACAUGUAGCACUUACAAAAAACAAAGUGCCUUAUUAUUAUUGCCUUAUAGACCUGCAUUUGUUUAACAAAUCUUACUG